AUGUCAUCCUAAAUAUUUAAAGUAGAAUGUCCUAUACACAAAUCUGAAGCAAUAGCAAUUAAUUUAAAUCCUAACAUAUAAUUGUCAGAAAUGAUGUAGUGUAUAUAUUGUUUAGUUGGUAAUACAUCUAGAUUAAUUAUCCCAAUAAGAGACAUUAAAAAUUUUAUUGAGAAUUUCAUUACUUUACAAAAAUAGAAGAGUGAUGAAAUUAAUCAACUCAAAGAAACUUACUUGAUUCAAUUAUUAAACAAUUUGAGUAAAAUGAAAAAAGAAAUCGUAAAUAUUUUUGACAAUGGAAUCAAUAUAAUACAAACUUAAUUAUAAUUUAAUAGAGAAGAAGAGGAGAAAUUGAAAAAUAACAAAGGAAUAGGAGAUGUUAGUAUUAAUUAACAGAUCUAAUAGAUUAUAGAGUAUUAAUACAGUUACUGUUAGCAAUAAAAUAAAUUAAAUGAUUUGAUCUUUAUACAAUCUCUUUCUAAAGAGCUUCAAUAGAUUAAUAAUUUUGAUGGAAUUCAAAAUUGUUUAGAUCUUUUGUGUGAUUUUUAAAAAUAGUAUUAAAUGAAAAAUAAAUUAAAUAUAAUUGAUAAAUUACUAUUGAAAGAAUGUGAUAAAUAAAUAUUAAGUGUAAAUUCAAGUGAAACACCAAAAUUGAAUCUAGUAUGUUAACAUCAUUAAAAGGAAAUAAUAAUGAUAGAUAUGAAUGAGAAUGUUGAUAAAUCAAUGAGAUUGUGUUGCAUAGAAUGUAUGCCAGAAAUAUAUUGGUCAUUAACUAAAUGCAAGGAAAAAUGGAAGAUAUUUGAAUAAAAAAAGAGAAUUUAUUUUUAAUAAUAAAUUUUUGAUAUGGAAGUGUAAUAUAAAUAAAUACGAGAUCAAAAUAAGAAAAUAGAAUAAUAAAUUAUAGAUUAAUUAAAAGGAAUAAGAAUAUAAUUUGAAGAUACUUUGGCUAUAAAUAAACAAAAAAUCUAUUCUAAUAUUAAUAUAUAAAAUGAAGAUUGGAUAAAUUUAAAUUAAGAUUAAAUAUUGGAAAGAGUAGAAAUAUUGAUUUAAUCAGAAGAAUCUUAAAAUCAGAUAAUUCAUAAUGAAUAUUAAUAAAUUACUGAUUAUGCUUUAAAAUUAUUAUAAGAAUAAAUAAAAGAGUUAAAAGUUUAAUAAUAACAUUUAUAUGAUAAUUUAAGAUCAACAUUAUGUCAUUCAUAAGAAAUUAGUAAAUCAGCUAGUUCUUCAGAUGAAAGUUACUUAAAUGAUAAUGAUUAUUAAAUACAUAAAAAUGUAAACUCAUUUAGAAAUAACUAAAAAUUAUAAGAAUUAAUAUAAAUUCAAUCUUAGGAAUCACAAAUGAUGAUUUAAAGAAUUUAGAAUGAUAGUAACUUUUCAUCUCCUAAUUGUUUUGAUGAUAUUCAAAUUGAUAAAGAGAAUAUUGAUUAUAAAGAAUAAUGUAUGAUAUAAUACUAAAUUAUAAGUAAGUAUUCAUAAAUAUAAAAUUGUUAUGCAAUAUCUUUUAAUUUUGAUUAAACUAUAAUGAUUAGUGGAUGUCAAAAUGAUAUAGCUAUUUGGUAAUUUAAUGAUGGGAAGAUAUAACAUAUAAUAGAUCUUUAAGGUCAUUCAAAUCAAGUUAUAUCACUUAAAUUUAGUGCUAAUAAGAAUGAAUUUGUUUCUGGUAGUACUGAUAAAUCUAUUAGAUAUUGGGAACUAAUCAAUAAUAUUUGGGUAUGCAAAUAAGUACUUUUAGGACAUAAAAGAUAGAUUGAUUGUUUAUUAAUGAGUAAUAAAAAUAACCAAAUAUUAUCAUGUAGUUGUGAUAAAACAAUAAGGAUUUGGACAAAAAAUCAAUAAUCUUAAUGGUUUCAAGUACAAAAUUUAACUAAUCAUUCUGCUUAUGUUAGAUGUAUAAGUCUUAAUAAAUCAUAAAAUUUACUUGUUUCUUGUGGGGAAGAUAAAUUGAUAUUAAUAUGGGAACUGAAUAAAUCUAAAGUAUGGAAUUUAAUAUAAAGUAUUAAAAAUGAUGAUUUUGGUUAUAGAAUUUGUUUUAUUGAUGAUCUAAAAAUAGCAUGGUAACCAAGAAGUUAAAAUAUAACUUUUUUCUAUGAAUAUGAUAAAAAUACAAAUUAAUUUGAAUUAGAUUAACAUCAUAUAGUAUUAUAAUAAUCUAGUGAGGGUUACUAAAACUUUUUCCCUUCUAUAUAUAAUGAAGAAAAAUAGGUUCUUAUAAAUAAACAUGGAUAGUUUGUUUAUAUAAUGAAAAUGAAUUUGUCACAUAAUUUAGAGAUCUCCCAAAUAAUAGAUAUAGGUCAUUAUUGUAAUUAUGGUUCAUUGACUAAUAAUGGUUAAUUUUUAGUGAUAUGGGAUGAAAAAUCAAAAUGCUUGUAAGUUAGAUAAGCCACAUUUAAAAAAUGA